AUGGCGACGCGAUCAGCUACCGCAAUGCUGGGCGCGAGCUCGGAACCGGCUGUGCGCGGACGACCGAGAGGGCGGCCCAGGGGUCGCGGAACGGCAGCGCGUGGCCGUGGGCGCGCUAGCGCAACGACGCGAGCACGCGCGGCCGCGGAGACGCCCCAGGAUGCCGCUGCCGCCACGGCCGCCGCCACGAUGGCCAGCCAAUACUGCCUCGUGUUUCCCGAAUCCCCCCGCUCCGUGGCCUACGAUGCCCAACGCGACAUCCUCUGCGUGGGCCUCAUGUCCGGCGAGGUGGCCGUCUAUCGGCACCUCACCGCUCCCAUUGAAAACAGUGCCCCCGAGCUGCUGUUUCAAGCCCAUCCUCGGUACGGCAUCCGUGACAUGGGCUUCUCAGACGAUGGCCGCCUCCUCAUCACCUCCGCAUACGACCACAACGUUAAAAUCUGGAACACGAGCGACUGGACGCCCGUAACCAAAAUCACCUACGCGGCGCAGUCCCCCACCAUCUCCAUCUGCGGGGAUGAAAUUGUCAUUGCCGGCAAGCACAAAACCCCCAGCCAAGCCUCCACCCCAUACAUUGUUCAGGUCCUCUCCAUCAAGGCACAAGGCGAGAUUCUGACCAUGGACACCUCCAUGGAAGCCACCUGCGCCGCCAUUCGCGCCCCGCGCGGAGAUGUCAUCGCCGUCGGUACCAACGACGGUCGCGUUCGUGUGGUCGGUCGAAACCGCGAUGCCCCGGCCACCGCCACCAAAAUGUGCAUGAUCCAAGCCUGCGCCAGCCGCGGCGUGGUACGAAUUCACUUUCUCGACGACCACCCCGACCAGGACAUUGUCAACAUCAGCUCCGACGCCCACCCCACCGACUCGGACACCAACUCGGACAAGCCCACGCACAUGCUCAUCGGUGGUGCCAGUGGUGAAAUCAUCCUCGCUGACUAUGUCCGCGGCACCGUCCUCCACCGCUACAACUGCCACGACAUGCUCAUGGACGUUCAGAUCUGCGGACGCUACAUCACGGCCAGCUCCAUGACGCACAAGGCAUAUGUCAUUGACCGCUUCACCUGGGAGCGCGUUCUCACCCUGGCCGGCCAUACCCGCAGCGUUACCCGCACCAUCAUUUGCAACAACACCAUCGUCACCAUGGCCACAGACCGCACCAUGCGCGUCAUCCCCUUCAUCCUAGACCUUGAGUCCCAGUGCUCCCCCGAGGUGUUGCAGGAAAGAGGCAUCCCCUCGGCCGUGGUGCGUGCGCUUGAUGGCCUGGCCGACCUGUCGGCCAGCACCGCCAUGGAACAGCUUCAUGCCCGUACCCCCGCCAACAGCCUGCCCAUGGUCUUCAAAUCCACCGUCGUUCGUGAUCGAGGCACUCGCACCAAACGCGGAACCACCGCCACCACCGUCCGCGCCAAACGCCCAGCCACAGCGCCAACUACCAGGGAGGCGCGCAGUGGAGACGUCAACCCUGGCAAGCGUGCCAGCCUCGAUCCCUCCCACACCACCUUUGGAACCACCAUCGUGCCUUCCUCCAUCGACCCCAACACCAACUACCCUUUUCAACGCCCUCUCAGUGAUUCCAACCUGCCCACUUAUGCCGCGGUCGGGAGUCUCGCCGCUGCCGCCGCCAUGGCAGGUGGGCCUCACCUCGGCACCCCCCAUGCAGUCACCGGCAAUGCCACCAGCAACUCUGAUGCCUCCCCCAACUCGUCUGCCGCCCACCAAGCCACCAAGCCAACUCCGACCAAACACGCCUCCACGCCGGUCAUGGAUAUGCAGCUGGCAUCUCCAACCCCUUCCGCCGGUGCUCCCCCGACCCCGGUGCAGGGCAUCAUGCGAGACACGGUCCUGCAAUGGUCUGUCUCUGAUACCCAGCGCUGGCUCCAAGCCAUUCGCAUGCCCGAGCCCGUCCUCAAAGCUUUUCGAGACCAGAUGGUGGAUGGCGAGCUCAUGCUCAUGCUCAACGAUGACAGUUUGGAUUCACUGGUGGGAGAGCAAAGAGUUUGCUACAAUGGCCAUUUCAAGGUUGCUGACGGCGCCCAGGUUGUUGAUGAGCACGGCAACGUCAGUCUUGGGUUGAAGCUGGCCAAAGUGGCCACAGAUUUCGGUGACGAGCGCGUCGACCGUAUGGAAUUGCUGCUGCUCACGACCUGGUUCGCCAUGGAUUCCGAGGCCUGGGAGCGUGUGUCAGAAAUCAGGGCAGCAUUCGACUGGAGAAAGCUGACAAGGACCGGCAGCGACGCCAACGCUAAGAACGGUCUCGGCUACGCUCUGUGCAGCGGCUUUGACUUCUGCCAGGGAGGCACCGGUGCUUGCCACGGCACCGGCGACUUUGUGGACAAAGAGUGUGCCAGCCAGGCCGCGAUUGCCUGUUCGUCCUGGGCUCAGUCAGAUUCGGGGAGGAGCGGUGGUGGCAAGAGCGUCGACGGGGCCGACUCACGUGCGGAUCGUAUCAAGGAUGGAAGCAACCGAGGGGCUGGCAAACACGUUGCCGCAAACGGCUGCGGCCAGCAUACCAUCACCAACGAAUCCAGCAUGGGCCGGCUCGUGUCCCGAACCUGCGUCACCGACGCAGAUCAAAUGAUUGAGAGGCUGGGUGGAAAGGAAUGCGGCUGCCGAACGGGGGAGGAGGCGGUCAGCGUAUUAGCAGCGUCGCCACGCACCCCCGCCAGAGAUGACGACGACAUGUUGUUGGCGAUGGGCGUGAAUAUCAUCACGACACACGACGUUGAGGCCCUUGAUCUUGACGAGGUGUGGGUUGCAACGGCACAGUCCCUGCAGCGCCUCUUCAACCACCUGAUGGGAGCACGAGUGCAAGGUGAGCACGAUAAGAUGUCUGAUAAUCGGGCAGACUCGAGUUGA